UCCGGUUUGUCAAAUCGUCACAAGAUCCAUUAGAUCCCGGUUUCCCAUUUGUUGCGAUAUAUGUUAAUUUGAAAACGAUAGAAUAAAUCUACAUUGAUGAGAUGCCGAUUCUACCUUCACCCUAAACACCUCGAGCCACGAGUCGCCGUAAACGGUUCCUAAUCACGAUGUUAUCCAUAAUUUAGUCUUGCUGGAGAACACCGAAUGAAAUCCUACAAUAUUCGGUCAAAUUAUUGCUGACAUGCAAUUUAUUUUGAAACCAAUGCCAUAAACAACUAUUUAAAAACAAUCAAUUGCCGAAUUUGGUAAAUCGUGACACCAACAAGCAAUUCGAACCAAAACUACAGUACAACCUAACCCAACUGCAACCUAUUCACAUCUGGUUCCUACUAGACGCAGCCUCUAUCCGCUGAAACCAUAGCCAUAAUCAUUCGAAGAGGAACUAGCCUUACGCCAGUCGACGACACAGGGCGCGGAGAGCAUCUUCAACCACCAGCAGAGACAAACCGCCAGGAGGAGGAUACUCGUAGCUGGCAAAGCCGAUUGAAUAAGGAGGCAUCUUCAUUGCGGUUUCAAAUCUCGCCACAGAUAGAACGCUUUUGGCAAACUCAAGUGCACGCGACCGGUUCUUUGUGUGACUUUUAGACGUUUUAAUUUAUAAAUUUUCGCGUUAAUUGUUACUUGUGAAGCAGGUAACAUGUUUAAUCUACAGUUGAUUUGUUCAGUGCUUUCAACCAAUAGUUAACAAAUCUAUAUUAUUAGCACGAAAAGUGUUUCAAAGAAUGAAAAUUGCAUUGAAAGCUAAAAAUUGUGUGUUUCAAUAAAACUUAUAAUGCUAGAUAGUAACUAAAACAAUGAGUGCCGCGCAGCUUAGUUUAUUCCAAAGAAAAACAUCCAUCUCCCGCCGACAGCUAACAUUCCUUACCGGGAUAACGGUAGCAUGUUUAUUCACUGUAGUAUCAUUACUGCAGCAAAAGCGAAACGAUCUUCCCGAACCCUAUCGCUCGGGAUUCGCGGAUGACCAUCAGCCUACGGUCAGCCUAACCGAUAGCGUUCGCAUCCUGUGCUGGGUUAUGACCAGUCCAGCUAAUCACGAUACCAGAGCGAUUCACGUCAAACAAACUUGGGGAAGCCGAUGUAACAAACUGCUGAUAAUGAGUUCAGCUGAGGAUGAGAAGUUAGGAACGGUUGUCCUGAAGGUUACCGAGGGCCGCCGAAGUCUGUGGAAUAAGACCCGAGAGUCCUUUCGGUAUGUGUACGAAAAUCACCUGAACGAGUAUGAUUGGUUCUUGAAGGCGGAUGAUGACACGUACGUGAUUGUGGAAAAUCUCAGAUAUUUUUUGUACUCAUAUUCUUCGGAGUAUCCUAUAUAUUUUGGCAGCAAGUUUCGCUUCCCGCAGUAUGUCAGUCAGGGUUACUUUUCUGGUGGUGCCGGCUAUGUGCUCAGUCGAGAAGCGUUAAAACGGUUCAUAGAACAGGCUUUAGACAAGGCCGAAAAUUGUUCCGUUGUCUUGGAGACUGAAGACCUCGAAAUGGGAAAGUGCAUGGAAAGCAUCAACGUUACUGCCGGGGAUUCCCGGGACCAUCUGGGGCGAAAAAGGUUUUUGCCCCUGGAACCAAAAUUUCACCUCACUUCGAAUCCAGUGGAUGAUCCGGACUUUUGGUACAAUUAUUAUUCAUUCUACGAGCCGUUUUACGGGUUAAAAUGCUGCUCAGACCUUGCCAUCAGCUUCCAUUACGUACAAGGUCCGCAGAUGCACGUAAUGGACUUUCUAAUAUAUGGACUACACCCGUACGGUUUGGUUUAUAAAAAUCCCCCACUGCCACCAAAGAAAAGUUGGGACGAAGCGAAAGCCGUUGCUGGACCGUAUCCUGCGAGAAGUACCACGGUUAGAACGACGAGUUCAAGUGAAAGCUCAACAGCUGUUGAUGUGACCGAGAAGAACGAAAACGGAGUUUCGGAAAAUGCUUCUGAAGCUUUGAAUUUUAGUGAGAGUGCAACUGAAGCGGAAUUCGUCAGCAAAAGUAGUUCUUUUGCUGACACUGAUGGGAUGAAUCUGGACGAUUUUGCCAAUCGGAUUGUCAACGACAAAAUAUUAAUGCAAAAAAUAAUGGAAAAAUUGCAGAGUCAGCAAAAUGCAGCAUAGUCCCAACAAAAAAAAACUGGAUGUCACUGUUGUACAUAUCGUUUUAAUGUCUUCGCCAUACACAAUGCAACAAAAAAAAUAAAUUUUACUUAGUAUUCACACGCCUAAUAUAGACAUAAGCGAACUUCUCCUUGUGAACACAAACUCUCUGAUUUAGACAUACAAUAGGAUUAAUAUAAAACAUAAAUACAAAGCGUGGCGCAACAACCUCGCACGUGUCAUUGGAUUCAUUCGCUGACAGUUCGGAACUAAGCGAGAGCAAAAGCUUUGUAGUUUUAUUGCAUAUCUGAAGGCGUUUUAAGCUCAUUCAUUCCAGCUGUUCAUUCCAAACACCCAACUUAAGCCUACGGGGCAAGCCGGGAAAACGAACAAUUAAAAUCGAGCAUUUUAUAGACAUAAAUAUAAGUAAAAUUUAUGAACACAAUUUGCCAGCGCCGCUUCGAAAUGACUCUUUCGAAGCAGCAGAUUCAAGCAGGUUAUGGGCGCGAUGACUGAAGUCUCGCUCGUUUCGCAAGAGGACUACUCCGGAGAUGGCGACAAAGAGGCAUUGCUGGGAAACGCCAACUCGUACAAGUCUAAACGAUGCUAUUAAGUUGAAAUUAGCUUGUUUGGUCAGCACCAAUGACUAUCUAACCAUAGUGAGGUAGGAGUCACUGCGGUUUUUGAAUCGCUCUCUCACCUAUCGACACUGGGGAUUAAUUUAUCACAACUAUUAGCGUAUUGAACUGCGACAAAUGGUUGUCAGUAGUAAGAGUUAAACCUAUUUAAUACACGUUGCUCGGGUCAAAUCA